GAAACCUAAAUGGACUCGGAUAUGAACCGGUUUAUUUGUGCCGUCUGAAAGAAAAUUCUUAUGUCUCUCAUUCAUCCUUUAGUCUCAAAAUUUCUUUGCUAUUUUCUCUUUACCCAAACAAAACCCUUGAGGCACAGCUCAGAAUAGAAGGCACAGGUAAUUAGAGUUGUAUAGAAAGGGCUGCAGUUAGUGCAAAAGAUGGAGGAAGAAAGAAGAGUUCACCCAGACUGUAUUAAUGCAUCAAAUCCAUACCAUGAAUGUGUGGAAUAUUGCUUCAGAAAAAUUGCUGAAGCAAAGAUGCAAAUGGGUAAAAAAGAAACGGAAGUGCCAGUCAGUGGUGGCAGCAGUCAAUCCAACACAUCUACUCCUGACACGGUUGCCCAUUUCAAUGAUGAAAGACCAAAUUUUGAGGAACAUUCACAUAGUGACCAUGACCAACCAGCUGAGGAGAGUUUGGAAGGAGACAUUACAAAGCUUACAGGAAGGCAAAAAAGGUUGUUUGACUUGAGGCUUAAGAUGAAUGAGGCAAGAAAAGCGAAUCAAACAGCAAUGGUUGCUGAAAAGAAAAGAAUGGAAUCUCCUCAGGAAUCUAGGGGCAUCUCUAAACAAAAAUGGCUUGAGGAGAGGAAGAAAAAGAUAGGCAAACUUCUAGAUUCAAAUGGUUUGGAUAUGACCAAGGCACAUAUGCUAGAUACGCAAGAGGCAGCAGAGGCAAAAUAUAAGAAAUGGGAGAAGGAUCCUGCUCCAUUUGGUUGGGAUGUGUUCAAUCAGAAGACAUUAUACAAUGCUUAUAAGAAACGGACAAAGAAUGUUGAGGUUGAUUUAGAAGAAUAUAACAGACUAAAAGAAGCUGAUCCAGAGUUCUACAGGGAUGCUUCAAGCCUCCAAUAUGGGAAGGCUCCAAAGGUCUCUGAGGAUAAAGUUGAGAGGAUGGUGAAAGAACUCAAGGACCAGGAGGAGAAAAGGAAGUCCUUUAGCAGGAGGAGGAGGUUCCAUGAAGAGAAAGACAUUGACUCAAUUAAUGACCGUAAUGAGCAUUUCAACAAGAAGAUUGAGCGAGCAUUUGGUAAAUACACACUGGAGAUCAAAAAUAAUCUCGAACGAGGAACUGCCUUGCCUGACUAAGGAUCUUGUAAUGACACCAAUUGUAAAGAUCUUUGACAUCAUUUGAGGCAAGAGAUCUUUUAUUAAAGAAAAAAUAUUGAAGUUGUUGGAUAUUCAGAACAAAGCUGACAGAAUAGCAAAAGAUCCUGUUACUCCAUGAGUUGAAGUUGUUCGAUAAAAUGAACCAUAUCAUUUGGGCAAUAGAUCUUUUAUUAAUGAAAAUAUAUUGAAGUUGUUGGAUAGUCAGAACGAAGCUAAUGAGAUAGCAAAAUCAUGUUACUCCAUGAGUUGAAGUUGUUCAAUGCAAUGAACUAUGUAGAAUAAUAAGUUGUGUUUUGUAUCUUGAAGAGAAUGAUGUACCCGUUAUCUUAAAAUUAUUAUUCAUGAAUGGAAUCCACCACCUGUCACCCUUCCCAAAUUUAUCAGAA